AUGCAAAGAGGAAUCAAUGAAGUAAUGGGUUCAAAUCAGGUUUUCCAACCAAAUAAAAAUCUAAAGCUGUUUGUGUUCGGAGAUAAUUACGCCGAUACCGGAAACAUGAGACACGGCGCAGUGUCUUGGAAAUCCCCUUACGGUUUCACUUUCCCCGGUAAACCUUCUGGCCGUUAUUCUGAUGGCCUCAUCGCCACCGAUUUUCUAGCAAAAGUGUUGGGGGCAAAAUCACCACACCUAUGGAGAACUCACGGGAGAAGCAAACUUAAAUUAAACAGAGGAAUGAAUUUUGCGUUUGGAGGGUCAGGAGUGUAUGAUUCUCCGGCUGAAAAAUCAACCAACAUGUCUAUUCAGGUCAGUUUCUUGGUUGACCUUUUCCUCGCCGGCCGUGUCUACACUUACGACGACCUUUCUUCCUCCGACGUCGCCCUUCUCAGCUACUCCGGCAACGACUAUUUUGGAUACAUCGCCGAAAACCCUAAGUUCGCUGCCUAUCCAGCAUUCGUACAGUAUAUCGUGGAUGAUAUAAAGCAAACCCUGUGGAAAUUGGACGGCCUAAAAUUUAAGAAUAUAGCCGUAACGUCGCUGCAGCCGAUUGGAUGCAUCCCACAUUACACCGCUGCAUCCUCAUUCAAGAGCUGCAACGAGUCAUAUAGCGAAUUGGUGGAACUCCACAACAGAUUGUUGAAAAAUGUCGUAGCUAAGCUCAACGAAGAGGCCAGGCUUAGGAAGAAAGGGCAGCGCAAUUUCUUCAUCAUUGAUAUCCACAAGGCCUUCAUGACCGUCUUGAAGAAAAAAGGCGAGAACCCUAAAGUUACACUUAAGUUGUCAAUACUAAAUCCUAGUUGUAAAGUUUUUCCUGUAACUGGGAGCACAAGGUUUAAAGACAUGUUGAAGCCGUGCUGCGAUGGUGAUUGUGCAAAUGUUGACAGUAAAGGUGCGAAGAAGUAUAGCUUAUGUGAUGAUCCUAAAUCUGCUUUCUUCUGGGAUGACUUUAACCCUACGCAAGAAGGAUGGAAAUCGAUUUACUCGGUUUUAGGCAACCCUUUGACCAAGUCUACGUCCACCAAAGGGUAAAGAUCACUUUUUGGAUCUCAAAAUUGGAAAUGCAUAUUGGAAAUUUUUUCAGUUCUUCUUAACAAAAUUACGACUGUGGUUUAAUUUCUUCGACUUCGGGUACAUCACGUUUAAACGUUUUCAGUUUCUUGAAAAUCUUUACAUCCAUUCAUUGUAGUUUGAGCAGUUGUGAUUUGAGCACUGUGG